AUGGGUCAAACCCUGUCGGAGCCGGUGGUCGAAAAGACAUCGUCCGAGGGCGGGGAUGACUGCUGCGUUUACGGUGUGUCGGCCAUGCAGGGCUGGCGAAUCAGCAUGGAGGACGCCCACGCUGCAGUUCUUGACCUCCACGCAAAGUAUACCGGUAACGACGACGAGAAACCGACCGAUCCGGAACACCGACUUGCCUUCUUCGGUGUGUACGAUGGUCACGGUGGUGACAAGGUCGCAUUAUUCACCGGCGAGAACCUCCACAAGAUUGUCUCCCGCCAGGACGCUUUUGCCAAGGGAGAUAUUGAGCAGGCCAUGAAGGAUGGUUUCCUUGCUACUGAUAGAGCGAUUUUGGAAGAUCCCCGUUAUGAGGAAGAGGUCUCUGGUUGCACUGCUUCGACAAGCAUUAUCUCACAGAAGAAGAUCUGGGUGGCAAACGCCGGUGAUUCACGAUCAGUCCUCGGUGUGAAGGGCCGUGCAAAGCCCCUCUCCUUCGACCAUAAGCCUCAGAAUGAGGGCGAGAAGGCUCGUAUCAGCGCUGCCGGUGGUUUCGUCGACUUCGGCCGUGUCAACGGUAACCUCGCCCUGUCCCGCGCCAUUGGUGACUUCGAAUUCAAGAAGAGUGCCGAGCUUUCCCCCGAGCAACAGAUAGUUACCGCAUACCCCGAUGUGACUGUUCACGAGCUCACCAACGACGAUGAGUUCCUCGUGAUUGCCUGUGACGGUAUCUGGGACUGCCAGUCCUCUCAAGCCGUCGUGGAGUUCGUUCGCCGCGGCAUUGCGGCCAAGCAGCCCCUCGCCCAGAUUUGCGAGAACAUGAUGGAUAACUGCCUGGCAUCAAACAGUGAAACUGGCGGCGUGGGAUGUGACAACAUGACCAUGACAGUCAUCGGACUCCUACAGGGCAAGACCAAGGAGGAGUGGUACAACCAGAUUGCAGAGCGGGUUGCGAACGGGGAUGGACCUUGUGCUCCACCCGAGUACGGCAAGUCUCCCGAGGAACCCGAAGGCAUCCCCACUACUUCGUGCUGA